CUCACCCAGUAGUUCAGUAGAUAACUGGAGCGCUCAGCCGGGAGCAGAAGCAGAGUCCAGACCACCGAAUGGCUGGAUGUUUAACACCCACGAGUGGCUUCUAGAGCAGAGAAACGCGCCCGGUACCGGGACGAGCGAGUCGAGCGGAACCAGAAGGAUUGAGAACGUCCCUGUUUCACAGACAUAAUGAGCUGGAGCUUCCUCACUCGUCUGCUGGACGAGAUUUCCAAUCACUCCACCUUCGUGGGCAAAAUCUGGCUCACCCUCCUCAUCGUCUUCCGCAUCGUGCUGACGGCAGUCGGCGGCGAGUCCAUCUACUACGAUGAACAGAGUAAAUUUGUGUGCAACACGCAUCAGCCCGGUUGUGAGAAUGUGUGCUACGAUGCCUUUGCACCACUUUCGCACAUCCGCUUCUGGGUGUUUCAGGUGAUCAUGAUCACCACGCCCACCAUCAUGUACCUCGGGUUUGCCAUGCAUAAGAUUGCCCGCAUGGAUGACGACGAGUACGGUUCCCGGGGCAAGAAGCGGAUGCCCAUAGUGAGCCGUGGUGCCAACAGGGACUAUGAAGAAGCCGAGGAUAACGGGGAGGAAGAUCCCAUGAUCCAGGAGGAGAUUGAGCCAGAGAAGGAGAAGGAAGCUGCUCCGGAAAAGCCCAAAAAGAAGCACGAUGGGCGGCGGCGCAUCAAGAGGGAUGGUCUGAUGAAGGUCUAUGUCUUUCAGCUCCUAUCGCGCGCCAUCUUUGAGGCAUCCUUCCUGUUUGGACAGUACAUCCUUUACGGGCUGGAAGUGGCACCAUCGUACAUCUGCACUCGUUCUCCUUGUCCUCACACGGUGGAUUGCUUUGUCUCUCGACCCACCGAGAAGACGAUCUUCCUGCUCAUCAUGUACGCCGUCAGCGCCUUGUGUCUGCUCUUCACCAUGCUGGAAAUCAUUCACCUUGGCUUCAGUGGAAUCCGCGACUGCUUCUGCACGCCCCGAUCUCGAUCCCAUCCAUCUCGUUCUCAUCCAUCUCGCAACUCGGCACUGGCCAGUCAGCGGUCUUCCAUCUCCCGCCAGCCCUCGGCGCCUCCGGGUUACAACACGGCUCUGAAGAAAGAUCCCUCAGGGAAAAUGGGCUUCAGGGAUAACCUGGGAGACUCGGGGCGCGAGUCCUUUGGAGAUGAGGCGUCGUCUCGGGAGCUGGAGAGGCUUCGCAGACACCUAAAGCUGGCCCAGCAGCAUCUGGAUUUGGCAUACCAGAAUGAGGAAAACAGUCCGCCACGAAGCAGCAGCCCGGAGUCCAACGGCACCGCGGUGGAGCAGAACAGACUCAACUUUGCCCAGGAGAAGCAAAGUAGUACUUGUGACAAAGGUCUUCGUGCGUAGGUUCUGUCUCCGAUCGUUCAGAGGAGGAUCGGCGAGGACAAAAGGGAAAUAAGCAGGGAGUGUGUGUGUGUGUGUGUGUGUGUGUGUGAGAGAGAGAGAGAGAGAGGCUGUGGCGUCUGCUUGAGGUGGAUGAAGAAAGCCUGAGCCUUCCAGUGUUGGGCCCUCUCUGGCCGAGCAUCGAGUCUUUUUCAUUACAGCGAGACUGAAGACGAGCGCCUGCCUGAAGACCCAAAGUGCUUCCGUCUGCCUGCGUGGAACUAGAACGCUCCAGUUCUCCUGCGCUUCACCCUCAGGGCAGCUAUAUUUUUAUAAGUAUUGAUAUUUUAUUAUGAGACUUUUAGUUCCACGUCUGGCUCUUUAGUUGGACGUUUUUGUGUGAAUCUCAAGUUUGCCUUCGACUUAAACUGGAAGCCCCUCCCUCCUCAUGUACUUUGGGUGAGGUAAGGCCAAGUUAUUAAAUCUUUUGUAUUUAGUGAAUAAAUGACGAGCAAACAAACGUUAAUGAACGGGUUCUUGUCUUCCUUAUGAAGACUUAAGUUAUUCAUCACGCAAGGACCUUUCAGUUCAGUUGUCUCUUUCCCCUUUUGGUCCUUUUUGUCCCGUUGACAUUCCCAGUUCUUGGACCUGUACUCCGAAGCAGGGUUUGUGGCUCGCGGAGCUGUUUUUAGGGCUUUUGUCCUGCCUUGUUUCAGAGUUCCACUCUUGUGUGCAUCCACACCUGAAACAUUAAACAUCAUUUUUGAACUGCAGUUUUCUACCUUUGAAACUUCAGCACCAGCAUCCCACAUUCCUGAACAUCAUUCCUUGAUUUUCCAAGAGCUUGAACUUUACUCAGCUGCUGCACAAAUGGUUUCCUGCCUGGUUCUGAUAAGCUCGUUUCUCCUCAUUGGCUUUGGCUGCUACAGUUGUUUUAGCUCUUUCCUUUAAUACUUUUAUGAUUUAGUAUCGUUUGUGCAUGUGAGAAAUAUGCAGGUGCAGAUUUUAUUUGGGAUUGGUCAUGUGGCGCUUACACUGCUCCUCUUCACACGCACAUAUCCACAGCUCGUAACCAUUGUUUUGGUGCUGCGGUCGGGGUUUGUUAAACCUGAGAAUCAUCUGAUGAUCAGGGCACGUGGAACCUACUUCGCAGUACAGGCUCUUGAUGGUAACUGGAACACUUGAGGUGCCUUUGUCCAAAGGAACAAACAAACCUGGGUAAUGCUUGAAGAAAAAACACGUAACUCUCUAUGUUGUUUGAAGUGUCCAAUACUGUUCUUUCCUUUUGUAUCUUAUUGUUAUGCUUUUGUCGCUGUUGCAGAUAUGUUCUUUUAUUUUGAAAGAAUGAUUUUCACUACUGUCCAUUUCCUGAGACUGGAUCCUGUGAGUGGACACGGGAUUUGGUACAGUUCAAAGGUUUUUCGUUCCAUUUAAUGCCAACCUGUUGCCUGUUUUCUGAGGUACUUGUUGUAUGAAAUGUUUACGUUUACAGCACACCAAGUGCUGAUUUCUGGAGUUUCUUAUUCCAGAACUGUUGCAAACCAAGUUGCUCCAAUGUGAAAUUGUUGCCUUGAGUGCACUCUAAGAUGCCAUCUUUUGUAGUCCGAUACCCACAGUGCCAUUUGUACCAACUCAAAUAUUGUCAUCUCAAAUAUUUUUGACCAAUGUGUUUGUACUUUUUUAUAUACUUUUUGUAUUGAUUAGUACUUUGUGGUUAGUUUUUUAAAUAAAAUUUUUUACAAGCUUUUGAA